GUGGUUUUCCCUCUCCCUGCUCCCUUCGUACUUAUAUUGGAACGAUUUCUCGACAACGCUGCUGCCUAGGCGAGUCCCGGAGAAGCCAGAGCUGCGGCGCCAACGGCGGGGAGGUUGUGAUUUCGAUUUUCACGGGGUGUCAGAUGGUGGGAAUUGGUUGGAACAAGAAGAAGGAGGGAGGGAAGGAGGAGGAGGGAAUGCGAUUGGGGAAGUACGAGAUUGGGCGGACCCUCGGUGAAGGCAAUUUCGGCAAGGUCAAGCUCGCCAGGCACCUCGAUUCCGGCCAGUGCUUUGCUCUCAAGAUCCUUGAGAAGGACAGGAUCGUUCAUCUCCAAAAUAUCGCCGAUCAGAUAAAGAGAGAGAUUGGCACCUUGAAGUUGCUCAAACACGCAAACGUCGUCGGGCUACACGAGGUAAUGGCAAGCAAGACCAAGAUAUACAUGGUUCUAGAAUAUGUGACUGGUGGAGAACUGUUUGAUAGAAUUGCUUACAAAGGAAAGCUCUCGGAGGCCGAAGGAAGGAAACUCUUCCAGCAGUUGAUCGACGGAGUUAGCUAUUGUCACAACAAAGGUGUCUACCACCGGGAUCUCAAGCUUGAAAACAUACUCGUUGAUGCAAAGGGAAACAUAAAGAUCACUGAUUUUGGUCUCAGUGCAUUACCUCAACAAUUUAGGGAUGAUGGGCUGCUGCAUACAACGUGCGGAAGUCCAAACUAUGUUGCACCAGAGAUCCUUGCUAAUAGGGGCUAUGAUGGUGCCACCUCUGAUACCUGGUCAUGUGGUGUCAUCUUGUAUGUAAUUCUCACAGGCUAUCUGCCAUUUGAUGACCGAAAUCUGGUAGUUGUAUAUCAGAAGAUUGUAAAAGGCGAUGUACAGAUACCAAAGUGGCUAUCUCCAGGAGUACGAAACCUGAUACGGAGGAUUCUUGAUCCCAACCCCGCCUCGCGGAUGUCAAUGGCGGAGAUCAAAGAAAAUGAAUGGUUCAAGCAAGACUAUUGCCCUGCUAGUCUGGAUGAUGAAGAGGAAAAUUCAUAUAUGGAUGAUGAAGCCUUUAAAAUGCAUCAACUGCCACCCGAAGAAGAGAAGAGCCCAGAAUCAGCUACCCUUAUCAAUGCAUUUCAGCUGAUUGGAAUGUUAUCAAGUCUAGAUCUCUCUGGCUUCUUUGAGAAAGAGGAUAUUUCUCAAAGGAAAAUCAGGUUUACAUCCAAACUUUCCCCAAAAGAACUUCUCGAGAGGAUUCAGGAUACCGUAACUCAGAUGGGAUUUCAAGUCCAGAAGAAAAAUGGAACGCUUAAGGUGAAGCUGAUGCAAGAACAGAGAGGCCAGAAGAGCCCCGGCAGCCUCUCGGUAGCAGCAGAAGUGUUUGAGAUAAGCACGUCGUUGUAUGUCGUUGAAUUGAGAAAAUCCUAUGGAGAUUCUAAUGUUUAUCGACAGUUAUGUGAGAAGUUGGCGAAUGAUCUGGGCGAGGCGCGUCGUCGGCCGGCCGGCAGUCGGGAGCAGACGAAGGAGUUGCUUUAGCCCGGAAACUGCCGUAGUUUACAAAAGCGUUUGUAAAAAUGGUCAAUUGAAAUGCAUUACAAAUUUAUUAUGCAAAUACUUCUUAACUUUUAUCAUGGAAAUAGAAUCCUGAAAAACGAGUUCAGUUAAACGGAAAAUAUACAAAUUCUGUUCUUUA